AUGGCAAAACAAACUUCUUUAGACAGUUUUUUAUCAUAUAAAGAUACUAUAACUGAUGAAAGUUCUAAUCCAGAGGAAUCAAAUAAUAAUAAUUCUAGCUUGGAAGAGUUGUAUAAUGAUUACUUCGAUGAGUUUAAUAGUGAUGAUAUGAUUCAAGAAAAUUAUGAAAGUUCAACAAAAGCAUUAUCAUCCUCUAUGGCUACUGUUUCUUUACAAAUACCUGCAAAAAGAAAAAAA